AUGGCGACGGAGAUGGAAGAACUCGUCUCCUUUCUUUCUUCUCCCUCUCCACAGAUCACAAAAGCCGCCGUCGACAUUGUUCGCGGCUUAACCGGUUCCGUAGAGGGCUUGCAGUCCCUCGAAAAUUACUCAAACGCCCUUUUACCUGCGUUGUCUCGCCUCUUAACGCUCCCCAAGGAGGUUUCGGAGGCUGCGGCGGAGGCCCUGGUGAAUUUGUCGCAGAAUUCGAGUCUCGCCGAAGCUAUGGUUCGAUUGGGAUUGGUCAGAACGACGAUGGAUGUUAUGUACAAGCCGGAGUGCGGCAUUGCGCAAUUGCUUGUCAUGCUUUUGGUCAACCUCACUCAACUCGAUGCUGGUGUCGCUGCCGUGCUUCAGACUGAAGAUGAGAAGGUGCAUGGUUUGUAUGUUAUGAAGCUUGUUAGAUCGUUUUGUAGAACCACCCAUGAGAGUGACGUGGAAGUGUUGUUUUUUUUACCAGAUGAUGCUUUUGAACAUGUUGGUUCAAUACUUGUUAACAUCUCGAAGCAUCGGGAAGGGAGGAAGCUUCUACUUGACCCAAAACGGGGUCUCUUAAAGCAGAUAAUCAGACAGUUUGAUUCAAACAGUUCAUUGAGAAAGAAAGGGCUACUUUUGAAAGAAGUGGUCAAUGCCUCAAUGGAUGAUUUAGUUGCAUCCUCAAGAGUCUCUGGAACUAUUCGCAACUGUUGUUUUGAAGCUGAGAAUCAGCUGCAAAAUAUGCUUUUGAUAUCAGAGUUUCUUUGGCCUGCAUUACUUCUUCCCGUAGCUGGCAACAAGAUUUACAGUGAGCAAGACAGAUCGAAAAUGCCACUUGAACUUGGGACUGCACUCUCGAUUGAGCGUGAACCGGUUAUUGAUCCAGAAAUUCGUAUUCAGGUCUUGGAAGCCAUAUACUUGAUCAUAUUGCAGACUAGAUUUGGAGAGAAAUGUGUUUUGAACCCUAGCAAGCGCAUUAUCGACACUGAAAAGUAUAACACAGCAUCUCUAGCAAUGUUAGCAGAAAAACGGGGUGCUUCAUUUGCACCCACAGUUAGUUUAUAUGAUGACUUAACCAUGCCUAAGGGUGUUGGGAUAUAUGGUAGGAAUUUAAAUAUUCCCACUGAUGCAGGUCGGAGAGCCUUUUGGUCUGUAAAUGGACCUAGAAUAGUACAAAUCGGUUAUGAAGAUGAGGAAGAUCCAAAGGUGAUGGAAGCGUAUGAGCAACUGGGAUCCUUGUUGGUUCACAGCAGCAGUGCGGAGGAACCAUCCAGUGAGACCACAUAG